AUCGUUCAUGAAUGCACGCUUUUGUAGAGGGUGAAUUGUCCUUCUCACGAACUGAGUCGGCGCUAUGGGAUUGAUUGAACCCUCGGAGCCUUCGCCCUGACCGUUUGCUUUCGUUUGAGCCGCAAAAAUGCCUGGCGGUGACUUUCUGUCCAUCGCUGGAUGGUAUUUCCUACCAAACAUUGCGAGCGGCUAUCUACAGCAGAUUCUCUACUCCAUCUUCAUCCGUGCAGGCGACCCUAAGCCACAGCCAGGAUCACCACGCUACAUUCGAGAUCGCAAGCGCGCUCAUAUCUUCGUCAUUCUGGCCUACUUGCUUUACACCAUCUACGAGGCCGACUAUCAAAUCCGCCAGACCAGUGAUUUCUAUCAGGCUCUCGGUGUACCGCACGAUGUCGAUGAGAAGGCAUUGCAGAGCAAAUUUCGAAGGCUAACGGUUCAAUACCACCCCGACAAAGCAACUGGACCCGACAAAAGCCAAGUCGAAGCCGUCUACGUCCACCUCAAACUCGCCCGCGACACGCUCAUCGAUCCAGCCAAGCGUUUCGCCUACGACCGCUUCGGCUUCGACAGCCUACAAUGGCGCAGCUGCACCACCAUUCGCGAUUUCAUCUUCACCGGCAUGCAGCAAACUACAGGCUAUUACGUCGCCAGCGGCAGCGUGCUCGUCCUCCUCGGCGUCCUGGGCUACCUGCAAACGGGCACAUUCUGGCGCUACUUGGUCAUGGCGAGUCUGUACGUCGUGGAAAUGCACCUUAUGACUCGGCCUACAUUCCCGGCCGUCUUGACGAAGGUCUUAAACCCGCUGCUGAGUAUGACGGGAUGGCAUCCUCCUCUGCUGCCUUUCCAAUUUCUCACCCUGCUCCGGAAAAUAUCGGUCACGUUCUUCAUCGCCUUGGCACAGCUGGGUCCCCUUCUCCUAGGCGCGCAAGCCGGCCAGUCUGGGGACGGCGUCUCAUCACAACAGCUGGACAGGUUGGACGCUGUGUCGAAAGCGGCGGAUCAGGAAGUUUCGCGGAUGAUGGGAUUGGAAAUGAGCCCUUACACGACAGACCCGGCGAGCAUGCGCGAAUUACGGUCGGGAUUGAGAGAGUGGCUCGUGCAGAAUACGAUCCGAAACGAUCCCGAAGUCAGUCGUGCGGUUCAAGGGGUCCUUGAUCGGAGAAGACAGGGAGUCGAGCCUGCCGGUUGAUGCACUUUCACUCGCGUGAACAUGUGUCGGCCUUGAGCGGGUGAAUGUUGGCCACGAGCGAGUCACGCGUUGCUUGGUCCUGGAGAGCAUUCACGUUUCUAGGGGCUAGACCGUCGAGUAUCUCCAAUGCAACCCAAUCCAGCAUAAAUUCACCUAUUGCGGUAUUGUA